AUGAAACUAUUAUUAAAAACUUCAUUUCGAAUAAAAUUGAAGAAGAAUAUAAAAAAUUUUAUUUACCAUUGCGAAAAAAUCCAUAAAUAUUUAGAACACUUUAAAACUGAUGAUUUAUGUAGUAAUAUUAAAUGUUGUCACUAUAUUAACUACUUCCUAAAUAAUAUAAUUAGUAUAAGUAAUUAUAAGGAUAAAGAUAAUACUUUUCGACUGUUCAAGAGUUAUAUAGAGAACAAUAAAAACAUUAAUACUAAUAUAUGCGUAAAUGUAAUUCAGAAAAUAGAUGAUAAUGUACUAAAAGAGAUAAGAGAAUUGUAUAAAUUAUAUGAUGAUUACGAAAAAAUUAUUGAAGAUGAUGAACUCAUUAUUAACAAAUCAUUAUUUUGUAAUACACUUAAAGAAUUUGUUACUAAAUUUAAUAAUGUUGUAGGGAAACUCGAUUUAUCAAAUAGUAAUUACUUGUUUAAUAAAUUAAAAAAUCUUAAAUGCUUAAUUGAAAAAAAUGAUUUAUUUACAUCAGAUAAAUGUGAUUCAAAUUUGUUAGAAUUCACAGCACCUAAAGUUAAUAAUAAUUCCAUUUAUAUAUUCUAUACAUUAAAGUGUAAUUUUGUAAUACAUUUGAAUAAAGAAUUAUUCUAA